GCAUAUUUCUGGCUGAUAAGCCGAUUAACAAUAUAUCGAUAGCUUAAAAUGAAAUUCACGGAAUAUCGGACUUAUCUAAAAUUAUAAAUAUUUCAUGCGAAGGGAUUUAAGUUUUAUUAAUCUUCCUCAAAUGUGUUCGGAAAGAAAAAAAACAAUAUUCGAAUCAACUGACCGAGUAGGUAAUUAAAUAUAAUUGGUCAUUGACUCUAAAACGAGAACUGCUCAGCUAGCAGAGUUUGCGCGGAUUGAGUUAGGAUUAUACAGUGAAUGUGUGUGUGUGUGUGCAGUGAUUUAGAUGAAUUUGGGUCACGUUCGCAUACUGUUAUAUCGUAGAUAAGUAAAAACUUUCAAUCACUUUGGACAUCUAUGGCGUAUGGGGUAGACCUACCUCUGGAUUGAACAAUUUACGGGAACGUCAAAGACACUGGAGACGAAAUGACGUCAUCAUUAAUUCAGACCAAGAAUAACCAGGUAUCCUACAUCGAUGUGGAAACCACUAAAGACUGCUUUACCGAUGACACUUGUAGUGAACAAGAAGAAACGUCCGAGAAGCCCCGAUGUGAAAAUUGCGGGAAAAUUUUCCUGAAACUUGCCGGGGUGGGGCUGUGUGGAAUUGUGUUUGGGAUAGCUCUCGAGAAGGCUAGGGUGUUUGAACCAAAGAGUAUCAGAGACCAGAUGGUAUUUCAAAACUUCAUCAUGUUAAAAAUGUUUCUUUCGGCCGUGGUAACAGGUCAGCUAUGCAUGGCGAUACUUUCUAUAGUCCCAGCCACAAAGCAGAAAUUCGAGGAAGCAUCAAAAGACUUCGUCUCCUGCUUUACUGACAAGGGAUUUCUGUCCAGUGCAGUGGGGCCAUUUCUGUUGGGCAUUGGAAUGUCACUGUGUGGUGCUUGUCCGGGUAUGGUUUUACCACAAGUUGGUGCGUGGGUCCCAAACUCUGUUUUUACUUUACUUGGUGCUUUGAUUGGUGCUCUGUCAUACGGGUUGCUUGGUUCCCAGCUCUCUACAGUAACGAAACCAAAGUACUGCAUUAAACAUCAACAAGUCCAUGAAAAAUUAAAUGUGCCAUAUGCAGCUAUCGCUCUUCCUAUGGCAGUGGUAUUAGCUGUUGUAGUUUUUAUAAUAGAAUGGUUCUGGCCAUAUGAAAAAGACUUAGAAACUUUAGGGCGAGAUACUCUACUCAGGUCUAAUGUGGUUACAACAAUAGCUUGGCCACCUUAUUUUGGAGGUGCAUUGGUUGGUUUACUCCAAAUUCCCGUGAUCCUCUUGGUGAAGGAUACGAUUGGUGGAUCCUCCAGUUACGUCACAGUUGUUGCUCAGUUAUUCUAUACGAAAGGUGCAAAACAAAUGUUUCCUUACUUCAGUCGGAAAAGGCUGGGUGUGUCUAAUUGGUGGCAGGUUAUAUAUGUCACUGGUGCAAUAGUUGGUGGGGCUAUUUCCGCUGCAUCCUCGGAUUCCUUUGGUAUCGCUAAAGGUGUUCCGGUUCAUAUGGCAUUAUUAGGAGGAAUUAUUAUGAUCUGGGGUGCCCGCUUUGGAUCAGGUUGUACAAGCGGGCACGGUUUGUCGGGGAUGGGACUGCUAUCCUGGUUAUCGUUCAUCGCUGUGCCUUUCAUGUUCGCCGGUGCAAUCGUCACCGCCUUCGCUAUGCAAGCUACUGGUGCCUUAGACACUUACGUCACAUCCUUUGGUGACGUCAGCUGAAUUUAUAAAUUGAGAAUCCAUUACGAUCCCAUUUCCGGAGGAAUUAUUAUGAAAUCCAAUAAACCGGUGAUUUGUAUAUGCAAUAAUCAAUUCAUAUGAAAGAUAUGCAUCUACUAUGUAUCUGAUUGUGUUCAUUUACAGUAUUACAAUUAAUGAUGUGUAGCUCGAAUAAACAAAUUAAACUUGCCAUAUUUUGAUACAUUUUCAUAUUUUGUUGACAACUGUUGUUAUUCAUUUAUGUAUAGAAUUUCUCAUUAAAUGUAACGUUCCUGAGAAAUACAUGCAUACUGAAAACUAUGAUAAUAGGGAAUAGAGAAAACUUAUUUGUUGAAUAAUAUAUAAUUUUCUCACAAUGUUUUGUGCCUUUUGUGUACAGGAUGCACACGGGAAGAACUAUGUUACUGAACACUGUUUUGAGAUCUUUUUCUCCCUUUUUUCAACAUUUUUUUUUUUAAAAAGGAAGAACAAUGGUAAAGAAGUUCUAAUGUCUUUGCAUGGUUUAUUCGAAAAAAAAUUCAAAAGGGAACCAGACACGCACACACAGUUCAUUAUAUCAUUUGAACUCUACGUAUAGGAAUUCAGAUAGGAUUUUAUUAUAACCGAUUCUUUAUGAUAUACUUUUUUCUCUGGUAUACAUAUACGUAUACAUAUACUUAUUUGAUCACAUUUGCACACAUUGUUGUAUAAUGUAAUCUUGCUUCUUUAGCAUCAUCGAAGACUUGUUACAAUGUAACUUAUUGCUAUAACUAGCUUGUUUGCGUUAAAAGGUGAAGGUAUUUUUGUUUUUAAAUCUUGAAUUAGAAUUGUUAAAAUUAUGAUAAAUGAAUUUUUGAUUGUUUUUCUGAUGAAAUCAAGUGUACAGAGUGCCAAUAUAUUAUUUAUUUGUUAUCAUUAUUUAUUUAUUGUGCCAAGUUAUGAAAGCAAUCAUUAU